UAAGUAUGUGAGUAUGAAAAAAUUUCAGGAAACCUAAACGUAAACAACACUUGACGUAGACUUGGUAAUACAAGUUUAAAUAACUCUCAAUUACUUGCUGGGCAAGUCGGUUAACCAUGAUCAUAAGGAAGUUAUUAUCUACUCUUAUAAAUAGUUUUACCUGUCUUAACAAUCUCCAUAUUCCACUGUUUAGUCUUGUAUCUUUUAUUGCUGUGUUUACAACUAUACUCAGUAUAUGCUAACAAUAGUAUUUUUAAAAUUGAUAAUUUUCUUGAAAUAAAUUGAUCUAAUUAGAUAAUGGUUGUUACUGUUACUGCUCCUGGUAAGGUGAUCCUCUUUGGUGAACAUGCAGUUUGCUUUGGAAAGGAAGCAAUUGCCACUGCCAUUGACCGGAAAACAACCGUAGAGAUAAAUUUUCAAACAGGGUCUGAUUUUGUUAGUUUAAACUUGGUGGAUCUAGUUUAUUAUAUUAAAUGGCCUUUACAGCAAUUAUCGCAAAUUAAAUUGGAUAGCUUGGUUGAAGAUGAUCAUGGAGAUCAAAUUGGUGUUUAUAAUGACGAGAUUGGUAAAAUAUUGGAAGAAAUAGUUCUUACUGGCAUAAAUUGUGCCAAUAAUGGCGGUUUAAAGAGCGACACAACAUCAAAGAAUGAUGUAAUAUUAUCAGCAAUCGAGAGCUCGAAAUCUUUCUUAUUCUUGUAUCUUUCAAUGGCUUCCAGUUAUCGACCAGAAAAACUCCCUGAAAUUGAUGUAACUCUGUCAUCAAACAUUCCGGUUGGAGCGGGACUUGGUUCAUCAUCUGCUUUCAGCGUUUCAUUAGCUGGAGCACUCUUGAAAUGUUUUCUUGGUACUAAACCAGACAACCAAUUAAUAAACAAGUGGGCUUUUCAAAGCGAGAAACAGUUUCACGGAAAACCAUCAGGAAUUGAUAACAACAUUGCAACUGCUGGUGGAACUCUGAUUUUCAAAGAUAACUCAAUUCGCCAAGCUCACAACAUGCGAUUGACAAAAAUAAUACUUGUUGAUACCAAGGUGAAGAGAAACACGAAAACUUUGGUCAGCGGAACAAUUGCCAGGCGAAAAAUGUUUCCAGAAAUAAUGAAUAAUGUUAUGGAUGCCAUUGGAAAUAUUUCCACAAAAGCCUGGGAAUACUUAAACGGAAAUAACUCUUAUGAUUUAAAGACGAUGGUGGAAAUGAACCAAUAUUUAUUGAACUGUAUUGGUGCAGGCCACACAGCCAUCGAUGAUGCUCUUGCUACUGCAAGGAAAUAUGGUUUCCAAGGGAAAUUAACUGGGGCCGGAGGUGGUGGCUGUGUACUUAUUUUCAUUGAAGACGCUCCUGAGGAAUUGGUGGAAAAUGUUCUCAUUGAUCUCAAUCAUGGAGGUUUCCAAGCCCAGGCAGUACAAAUUAACUGUCCAGGGAUAUCAUUCCAAUGAAUCUUCGCCUUCAGUUACUUCUUUCAAUGAUAAAACAUGAAGUUGAGAGUUAGCAGUAGAUUUAAUCAGGUGAUCGAUCUCUCUGAAGUGGCCUGGAUCAACAUGGAUAACCUAAAAAUAAUAAACAAGAUGAAAAUGUGUUUAGAAUGACCAACUAAUUUGAUUAAUUAUUUAUAUACAAUGGCUUUUCAAUUCGGUUUGAAAACCCCGUUUGUCUAAAUGUUUUGAGAGCUUGACUAAACAAUAUGAGAACUGGUCAAACAUUUUGAGAAGCCGACAAAACAUUUUGGGAAGUCCCCGAGAAAUGCUGUAUCUUUUUGAUAACUCUUGGUUACUUUUCAACUGGAAAAGACCAUUUAUUCAAAAGCAAUGAAUCUUAAAGUAUCUAUUUACCAUUUCCAA